AUCAGAGUAAGUUCUUUUGUAGUAGACAUAUAGUAAGUAAUGGCUCAAUUAGGAUAUAAUAUUGGGUUUUUGGCUCUGCUCUUUUUUGCAUGUCUGUGUAAGGGUACAGAGGUUGAUUACAUGCAAAAUGGAAGCUACGUGCCAGGGAAAGUUCAGGCUGGAGAUGUAGAUUUAGUUGAAUUUCCUCUGAACUUAGAGUACUUGGAGGCUGAGUUCUUUCUGUUUGGAGCUCUUGGGUAUGGGCUGGAUAAAGUUGCACCAGAACUGCCUAGUGGAGGACCUUCACCAGUGGGAGGAAUGAAAGCCAAUUUGAGCUCUGUUGUCCAUGAUAUAAUUCUCGAAUUCGCUUACCAGGAGGUUGGUCACCUGAGGGGUAUAAAGGCAACUGUGAAGGGCUUUCCUCGACCUCUACUCAAUCUGAGUGCUGAUGUAUUUGCCAAUGCCGUGGAUGCUGCCUUCGUUACCAAAUUGAACCCGCCAUUCGAUCCUUAUGCCAACUCUCUAAAUUAUCUGCUUGCCAGUUAUUUGAUUCCUUAUGUUGGACUUACAGGCUAUGUUGGCAUCAAUCCUGAUCUCCAAUCUGCAACUGCAAAGCGGCUUGUAGCAGGCCUUCUUGGAGUAGAAUCUGGGCAGGAUGCAGUAAUACGUGCCUUGUUAUACGAGAGGUUGUCUGAGAAGGUGAAGCCAUACCCAUACACAGUGGCAGAAUUCACAGACAAGCUUUCCAUGCUGAGAAACAGACUUGGGCAUACUGUAGAUGUGGAUGAAGGUCUGGUGGUUCCAAUAGAGGAGGGAGCUGAAGGAAAAGUGAGUGGCAACAUCCUCGCAGGUGAUAAGUACUCGCUGGCAUUUUCACGAACCCCUGCUGAAAUCCUGAGGAUUGUUUAUUCCACUGGAAAUGAAUCAAUGCCUGGAGGAUUCUUCCCUCGGGGUGGGGGUGGGAAAAUUGCUCUCUCCUAUCUCAAAUGAGCACACUUCAUCCCCAUCUCUUUCAUAAAAUAAAUGCAUAUUAAACAUUAUGCUCAUUGGUUAGUGUAAGAGGAUUAAGGAAUAAGUCGGGGUUGGACAUGCUUUAUUAGAAUUUUAUUUUAUUUUCAAUAAAAGUGGAUUAUUUCAAUAAAUUUUUUUAUAUGUUUUAUUAGAAUAUUAAAUAAAUUGUAAACAAAAAUAUUUU